AAUGUGGAAUUUCUGUCACUUUUCUUAAAAGAAAAUUUACCCAGAAGUAAAGUAUCGUUAUAUGGCACUUUGUAUUGAAUGAUCCUUGUCAUAGGACAAUCAUAUCACCAACAAAUGCAAGCAUCAUAAAGCUAAUUUUAGUAAUUCGCCACGCUAGAAAGGUUCAGUUAAUAACAGGUAGAAAGAGGACAAUAUUCAGGCAAAUUAGGGGAUUCCACAUUCCAAAUCCGCACGUUAUCCAUGCUAUCUGCCCUCCGCAGUUUGCGGACUUUCUUUGUUGUGCAACAUGGGCACAUUUUACGAAGAUGGAGAGUAGACAUGCAAAUCAGCGAUUAUAAAAUGGUGCCUUUAUCUGGUAGUGGGUCAGUUGUGUCAGUAAGGCUACAUCGAAUCGAAAUCUCAAGAUCUAAUUCCUUGUAGUAGUGCGUAUGACUAAAAAAAUGCAUUUAAAAUAAUGGCUGAUCCUAACAAUUCAUUUGGAAUACAUUCUACUUUGACAAUGACAUUCAAUUGUCUUCCAAUUUUUUUGGUGAUUUUCCUACCAUUAAGUGUACUCACAAGUUGCCCAAAAUCAGUUCAACGGACUAGCAGAUUGGAUAUUUGUUCUAAACAUGGAUCAUACAUCAACGGAUCUGUCACCUCUGCUGAUGGUUGCUUCAGUGUUGUUGCUGAAAAUGACUGUACAUAUGGAAUAACACAGUGGGAAGCUGCAGCAAUACCAUUUGAUCAAAAUCUUGGUGUUUACAUGAAUGCAUAUGAUGCUUAUGACGUGAAUGGUAGUUUCCCAAGGUUUGCAUUGAACAUCACCAUUUCAAAAAAACUACAUAAGCCAUUAUGGUUUAUGUACGAAGAUUUUAUUAAGCCCCAGGAUGCCAAAUGUUUUACAUUAACCAAAAACAUGAAUGAGUCAAAAUGUGAGGAUGUUUUGCCGCAUUAUGAUUGCCUUGUCAGAGAUUCUGCUAGUUCACUUAUGACAAGUGAUUCAUACACAACCAUUAGGGUUCUAGCCAAUGGCAAAAAAAUGCAGUAUAAAUUUAGGAAUUUAUAUGGCAGGAAUGUGGGUGAUGGAGUAAUAUUUUUCUACAGUCAGACAUCAAGAAUGAACCACCUUUUAACUACUUUCCAAGCUUUAGCUGGCAUAGAUAGCUAUAAAAUUACACUUUGCCAUAAGGGAAAAACUAGAUGCCCCAAGAACUUUAAAGUGAAUUUGUCGGAUGAUUCUACAUAUUUCGAAAGGUACGCCGAUUUGGUAACUUUCCAAAUUUCGCAAGUGACAUUGGAAAAAGGAAACUAUGAGCUUGUCAUCGAAUGCGAAAGCUUAUCAAGCAAUGUGGCAGGCGCCAGUUGUUGCAACCAAAGUAGAAUCUUUGAAAUUUUCAUUGCUCAUCAAUUUCCCCAAGUGGAUAUAGCAAUAAUUGUUGCCCUGAUUCUACUUUUUGCCUUCUGUAUCCUUGGCGCAAUGGCGCUGUAUCUUCGACAAAAAAUACUCGAGCCAAUUUCCAACGAUUUCAGAAUGUUGCUGGUUUUUGAUUCAGUUAGCGUCCAACACACUCAAUACGUCAAGGCGACACGAAUUUUUCUACGUAAAUUGCUAGGCGUGGAGGUGCUUCUAGAUGUUGCCGACAUGGAAAAUAAAGAACAGGGUUCUCCAUUUCAGUGGUAUAUUACGGCCAUUGAACGAGCGGAUUGCAUCGCUGUUGUUGUUCCUCAAAAAGCGGAUCAUUCCCAGUGUCGUGGCUCGCCCUACCACAAAACCUUUCAAUUGUGUUUAAAUAUGCUUGCAUCCCACCUAGAAAAUACGCUAAGCGAUAAUAAGACCAAAGUCUCAAACAGAUACCUUACUCUUAUGCUUCCUAACUCAGACCCAGAACUAAUUCCUCCAUUUGCAAAGUUCAUGGCUCGUUUCCAAAUCCCGUCUGAUUAUUUUUUCUUACGACAUCAUAUUCAGUCAAUCCGAAAGCCGUUCCUUGUAUGUUUGCCCAGAUGGCUUCCUUUUAAGCAAAAAUCCGCAAACAAAUUAUUUUCCACCAUUGUUGAACGCCUAGAUGUAUGUGAAGAACAAGUUGCACUUAUGCUAAGCGACAAAGGAAACCGUAACAUUGAGUCUAAUCAUGACUGCAAGUCAAGUCUGUUACAAGAAGAGGUAUUGGCAAUCCAGAAUCGAACCAAAGAAUUUGAUGCAAUUUACGGAAAUCAUAUCCAAAGUGUAAGAGAUUUAGCACCAGUGAUAGAUCCGAUCAAAUUUUAGGUUUCUACUUAUUUCUGCUGCUGUUGAUGUAAUCUGUUUUUACGGUGAAUUUAAAAUAUAUGGUAUUAUCAUA